AUGUCAGGACGUAGACCAUCUGAUGAGUUCCGCGAGGAGCAUGCCAAUUUCUGGACCCUCAUGCAGCAGAUCAUCCAUGGUCUUAGGAACAACUACCCAGCAAACCAAGACGAGAUAAUUGGCCGGAUGGGCCAGCUCAAUCUCCAGCUGUCGACCCUUCGACGAGCCGGAGAGACGAUGGGUUUGAGUUAUCCACCCAGCUCCAUCGUCCGUGAUGCUCCACCCCAGUACUUCACUGCCCGCGCUCAGCGCCAUCAGAAUUACUUCGGUACCGAGUUUGGGUACUCUUGCUGGUAUACCCAAGCCCAACUGGGCUACACCAUUGCAGACCUUCUCCACCAGCGAGACCACACCCGCGUAGCCGACCAGCUGGAACAGUUACUAGCGAGUUGGCAAUUAACCGAGAUGCGAGUUUUCCCCCACCAGCUCCCUACAAACAAUCCCGUCCAACAGCCAGCCAAUAUCGUGCACAUUGACGGCCCGCCAUACUAUACACCCGGCGGUGCUGGACCACACACCAAGGCAACAAAGAUUGCUGGGCCAUCCCGCACCCACCCACGUGUUAAUAUCACUAUGCCCGCUCCAACUGAUACUAUUUACGGCGUGGCACGGCGAACACGCCAUCGCGCUGCACCAUACCCUGAACGCGGUGUUCGCCCGAGACGUCGUGGCAAUGCUAGACUAACACCUCCGAUGCCCCAGAUGGCACUUCCCCUCCCUAAUAUCAUGCAGAAUGGCCAUGCACCGCCGCCAACCCUUCCGGGUGUUCAGUCGCUUUUCACUCCACUCAAUCUCCCCGGUGGACGUGCUCUGCCCGGUGCACCGAGUAGGUCUGUGCCAGCUCCGAGUGGUAUGCAGCCCCCCUCUAAUGUCCCAGCCCCUAGCACUAGUGAUCAUGUGUCGGUUUUGAAUGCCAAUAUUGGGGAGACCUUGAAUAGAAAUCAAUCUCGUCAGGACCCUGGCGCUCACCGUUGA